GCAGGCAAUUCACCGAGUCAUUAUUUAAAUGCGCCACACCAAAGGUUGGAGGCUCAGUCUUCAGAGGGAGCGAUACAGAGAGAGAAGGAUAGAUUCGCAAACCUGAUGUUGAGAAACGCUGUCCCCUAUUUAAUCGUCACUGAUUAGAGCAGAUUAUGAACGCUUUUGGACAGCAGCCAUCCAACCCACAAUCUACCCCUCUCCAGCAUCACAACGCACAAGAUCUCCUGGACAUGGCCAUUUACUGCGACAAUUUCAGCAUGUACCAGCAAAACCUGCAUCACCAUCACCAUCCCCAGAGACCAUCUACGCAUCAAUCCGGUUACGGGCUGGGCGAUUAUACCUCGCCAACUACCAACCCUUACCUCUGGCUCAACGGCCCUGGCAUUAACCCGUCUCCCUACUUGCCUGGUGCGAACGGGGCUUCCUAUAUGGCCUCAAGUUAUGGAGCAAAUCAGAGGCAGUUUCUGGCGCCGCCGACCGGGUUUGCAGGUGCUGAUCUUGGCUGGCUGUCCCUCUCCAGCCAGCAAGAACUUUUUAAGAUGGUCCGACCACCAUAUUCCUACUCGGCUCUCAUUGCGAUGGCGAUCCAAACCGCCCAAGAAAAGAAAUUAACCCUCAGCCAGAUCUACCAAUAUGUGGCGGAGAACUUUCCCUUUUACAAGAAGAGCAAAGCCGGUUGGCAAAACUCUAUAAGGCACAAUCUGUCUCUGAACGACUGCUUUAAGAAAGUAGCAAGAGAAGAGGACGAUCCUGGUAAAGGAAACUACUGGACCCUCGAUCCCAACUGCGAAAAGAUGUUUGACAAUGGGAAUUUCAGAAGGAAGAGGAAGAGGAGAGCAGAUGCCAAUGGAUCCAGCGCCAAUGUCUUGUCGGGUAAAAACGAAGACAGCGGCAGUGCAAUUAAAACUUCGGAUACAGCCAGCCUGCUGGGCUCAGCCCCUACUGAGCUGCAACACUCUCCGGGGUCAGGGAGCGAACCCAAAUCUUCCCCAUCGCCGGCAAUCGAACGCAGCCCUUGUUUCAACAAUUUUGUCUCCAGCAUGACUUCAAUGAUUGCUGUGAAUAACGGAAUCAACAGCAGACACAUUUCUGAUGGGCUUUUAGGGGACUCGACUCAAAGCAGCGAGAAUGUGUCAGGACUCGGUUCAUACUCACCAACUCACAGCACGCUACUUAACGUUGAUGCCAACCAUCAAAGCCACAACCGACUGAACUACUACCCAUCGAGCCAAAGCAGUGGCACGAAUGGCCCCCUAACGAACCACUUUACUGUCAAUAAUUUAAUUUACAGUCGUGAAGGAACUGAAGUUUAACAUCAUAUAUAUAUAUAUAUAUAUAUGUGUGUGUGUGUGUGUGUGUGAACAUUAUGGGCAAUACAUACAAUCAAGCCAAAGUGGAUUACUAAAAACAAAGUUAUUCUGUAUAGUUUGCAUUCUGAAGACAGUGCCUUAACAGAGAGAGAGACACUUAUAUCAAUCGAGACAAAACUGACAAAACUACAUGUAAAUAAACAAAACCGCGAACACCUGGUUACUACGCACAUUACGCUUCAAAUGAAGAAGACCACGUGAAUGAUAAAUUAAAAGAGUGGUGCAUCAUUGGCCAUAGUAAAGCCUAAUAAUGUUUCAAUGGGACAUAACUUGGUGCCUUUAGGUAUUUCAGUAUUUCUUUAGCAUUGCACUGGUAUACAAUUGUCCUAAAUUUGGGGUUUGCCUUAAAAUGUUCAAAUUAGAAGGCUAGUCAUCGAUGCAACAAUGUAACACACCGCAGAGAUGAUUUACAGUGCCUUAGAAUGUGCUUCUGCUAUACAUGUAUGUAUUUGAAUGAUUGUAUUUAAAUAUCCUGAACGCAUUUCCUGUUUUAAUAAAUGAAAUUAUUAUUAUUAUAACUCAAA